AUGAAUGGUGAGAAAGAAGAAGACAAGCAAAAUGAGGGGACUCCGAAGAAAGAGCCAUGGGUGGCUAAUCCGAGUUCAAUUACUUUUCCGGACAACCCACCCAAGAUUACUACUUCAUUACCAUUUCCUCAAAGAUUUCACAAGAAGGCAAUUGAUGAACAAUUUGCAAAGUUCUUGAAUAUUUUCAAGAAAAUACAUAUUAACAUUCCUUUGGUAGAUGCCCUUGAACAAUUGCCAAACUACGCUAACUUUAUGAAGGAGGUGAUGUCUAAGAAGUGUAAGUUAGAGGAUUAUGAAACAGUGAAGCUAACGGAAGAGUGCAGUGCCAUUAUCAAGAGACAAUUACCAGAAAAAUUGAAAGAUCCGGGAAGUUUUACAAUUCCAUGUGUUAUUGGUGAACUACAUAUUGAGAAGGCCUUAUGUGAUUUGGGUGCUAGUAUCAAUCUAAUGCCUCUCUCUAUCUUUCAGAAACUCAAUCUUGGAGAGGUCACACCAACUACCAUUUUCUUACAAUUGGCGGAUCACUCUUUGACAUAUCCUAGAGGUAUCAUUAAAGAUGUUCUAGUGAAGAUUGAUAGAUUCAUUUUUCUAGUUGAUUUUGUUGUGCUUGACAUGGAGGAAGACCAAGAAAUUUCGAUAAUCUUGGGAAGACUUUUCCUAGUAACCGGGAAAGCUUUAAUUGAUGUACAUGAUGGUAACUUGACUCUAAGGGUGAAUGGAGAAGAAGUAAAGUUCAACAUUAGUAAUGCUAUGAAGUUUCCUAAGGAGCAAGCGGAGUAA